AUGUUUGAUAAUCUCCCCUUUCUCAACGGGGCAGCUGACGCCUCGGAUAUUGACGAGCUCAAGGACUACCUCGCCGCUGACCUAGUGCCCGUCAAGGACGCCAUCUCGUGGUGGCAGGGAAAGCGCCAGAAGUACCCCCGUCUCUCGAGGAUGGCGAUCGAUUAUCUGAACAUCCCUGCCACAUCCGUCGAGGUCGAGAGAAUAUUCAGCCGCGGCCGCCUGCUCCUCUCGCACGUCCGCAACCGCCUGACCGCCGAGAGCACGCGGGCCAGCAUCUGCCUCGCGGUGUGGGCCCAGUACGGGCUUGUUGAUACCACCGACAUGUUCCGCGCGGCCCAGCUUCCGGAAGUGGAGGAGAACGAGUGA